AUGUCCUCUUCCAUCGACGACUCCAUGCCCACGAGGAUAUCCUCCGACUGCCCCCAAGACACUCGCGACAUCUUAUACCACGCCUGGGGCCACGACCUCUCCGGCCUCAAGACCCUCCUCGACGUCCGCGGCAAAGCCAGUGCGCAGGACCCCAAAACUGGUGAAACUCCGCUCCACGCAGCCAUUCGCGCCUGUGGUCCUGCAGGUCCAAACUCCAACAAUUCCGAAGAUGGUGAAGACGGCUGCGUCGAGGAAGCAAGAGCAGUACUGCAAGAGCUUUUCUUCUCGGGAGCCAUCUGGAACGAUGUCGAUAGCAACAAUGAGACCCCUGGCUGCGUCGCAUACCGAUUAGGUCGCAAGGCUUUAUACGAGAUGUGUGUAGACGCAGGCGUCCGCGCAGAGCUUCUCUUCUCCCUGAUGGAUGGCUACGAAGAGCUUUCCUCAGGAUCAGACGCCGAAGACAAUGAAGAUGAAGCAGAUAACCCUAGCAAAGGUGAAGAAGCAUCAGCCGACCAAAACGGAGACGCCAUGGACACCACAGACGACCAAGCCCAACCAGACCAAGACACACAACGCUUCAUCGCCCCCGACGCAGCGGAAAAGACCGUCACAAGCGAAGAAUACCUCUCGUCAAAACUAACAUACGACGCCUCCAAACUCCUCGACGCCGACCUAAACGGCGUCAUGAUGUCCUGGGAAACCGACAUCAUGCGCCGCUCCGUCAAAGCCCUCCUCCCCGACCCCGAAAACCAAGCAGGCAAGCGCAUCCUCAACAUCGGAUUCGGAAUGGGCAUCAUAGACAGCAUGUUCGCCCAGACAGACCCAUCACGACACCACAUCAUCGAAGCACACCCCUCCGUGCUAGAACACCUCGCCCAGCCAGACUCCAAGUUCGGCCAGGCAUGGGAGAAGAGCGGCCCCGAGGACGGCGCAUUCAAAGUCUGGGCGGGGAAGUGGCAGGAUAUAGUGCCCAAGUUGCUGGAGCAGGGGGAGGUCUACGACGCGAUUUACUUUGACACAUUUGGCGAGGACUACUCGCAGCUCAAGAUGUUUUUUAUGGAGUAUAUACCCGGGCUAAUGGAUCAGGAAGGGAGAUUUAGCUUUUUUAAUGGAUUGGGCGCAGAUAGACAGGUCUGCUAUGAUGUUUAUACAAAGGUUGUUGAGAUGCAUGGCGCGGAUGCUGGUUUGGAUGUGGAGUGGGAGGUGAGUGAUGUUGAUAUGAAGGGACUGAAGGAGGAUGGGAAGGGCGAGUGGGAGGGUGUACGGAGACGGUACUGGACGCUGGAUAAGUACAGGUUGCCUGUGUGUACAUUCAUGGGAUAG